GAUAGUAAUUCCAUUUAUUUUUUCCCUAAAAAGAGGGUCAUCUUCAUUUGUAAUGUUUAAGCCUUCUGCUCGGAGUUGAAGAUAACACGAAACUAUCAGAAGAAACUAACGCAUUUACACAGACAAAAACGACAAAAUUAAGAAUCUGAGAAACAAAAAAAUCGAAAAUACAAUCUUUUCUCUCCAAUAUAUGAAGUGAGAAAACAAGGGAAAGAAACAGAGGGAAAUAGUGGGAAAAAUGGCAGAGCAAGGAACAAGCUCAAAGCUUUCAGCUCCAACACGUCCAACAAUAGCUUUGCCACCAACACCAGCCAUGGACAGUUUGUUUUCAGAUGGUUCAGGGCUAAGCCCAGGACCUAUGACACUGGUUUCAGCUUUUUUUUCCAACCAGGACUCAACAGAGAAUAGGCCUUUCUCUCAGCUAUUAGCCGGUGCUAUGGCUUCACCUGGAUAUAGAUUACCGUACAAUUCAAUGGAUGGUUCAUUCAUGGAUGUGUGUUUUAAAGAUGGAGGUGAAAAAAGAUCUGAACCUUUGAACUUUGGUGUUCCUAACUCUGCUUUGUUCACUGUGCCUCCUAGGCUAAGCCCUUCUGGCUUGCUUAAUUCUCCAGCCUUCUAUUGCCUUUCUCCACAGAGUCCUUUCGGAAUAUCCCACCAGCAAGCAUUGGCACAGGUUACCGCUCAAGCUGCCAUAGCACAAUCCUUAAAUCAUGAAGAAACUUCAUCUCAGAUGGCUCCUUCAGCUUCUGGCCUUCAAAGUUCUACAAUGGAGUACGCUGAAGCUUCUCAAUUUGACGGAAAAAAUCAGCCUUCUGUUGCCGUGGAUAAACCUGCUGAAGAUGGCUACAACUGGCGUAAGUAUGGACAGAAGCCAAUUAAAGGCUGUGAAUAUUCGAGAAGCUACUAUAAAUGUACGCAUUUGAAAUGCCCUGUCAAGAAGAAGGUUGAGCGAUCUACAGAUGGCCUAAUAACUGAGAUUCUAUACAAAGGUGCACACAAUCAUGAAAAGCCUCAACCAAACAAACAAGGGACGGGCAGUAGCGACGGAAAUGCGAAUUCACAGGCUCCUGAACUAGGUUCUCUGGGUUUAACCGGAAACUUGAACAAGUUAAAUGCUGUUGUACCAGUGUGUUCGAUACCUGGGAAAAAUCAUGAAUCAACUGAAGCUGCAGAAUUACCUGGAUCAAGUGAGAAUGAGGAACACUGUGACGAAGAGGGUAGAGACGAAAGAGAUAAUAAUGAUGAACCGAAUCCGAAAAGAAGGAAUGCUGCUACGGAAGCUGCGAUAGCCUUCUCACAUAAGACAGUCACGGAACCGAAAAUUGUUGUGCAAACGAGAAGUGAAGUUGAACUCUUAGAUGAUGGCUAUCGGUGGCGCAAAUAUGGUCAGAAAGUUGUCAAAGGGAACCCUCAUCCAAGGAGCUACUACAAAUGCACGAAUGAAGGAUGCAAUGUUCGGAAACAUGUGGAAAGAGCUUCCAUGGAUCCGAGAGCUGUCAUAACAACAUACGAGGGAAAACAUAAUCAUGAUGUCCCAACUUCCCGAAACAGUGUCCACGCAGCUAACAACAAUUUGCCGCAGCCAAAACCAUACAAGGUGAUGGCAGAGAAGCAUCCUUUACUUGGAGAGAUGGAUUUCGGAACAAAUGCAAAGGGCAGAAAGGGUGAAAAUAAGAGUGCAACUCCCCUGAGGUCCGGUUGCUGAUAUGUGCCAACUAACAACGAGUAUGCAUAUGGCAGAAAGGGUGAAACGACUGGCUGCUGAGCCAUAAUUUGACUAGCUGAAGUGCCGUAUUGACAGUCCAAUUUUGUAUAAGUAAUGUUGUAUAUUUGUUUUACACUCUUAGGUAAGGUGUUAUUCAAGUUACCAAGCUUGUUUCUGUUGAUUUAUAAUGCAUUAGAUUCAAACAUUCUGAUGUAUAGGCCAAGUAAUCAAUUCAAAAGCCAGGGUCCCCUCUUAUCUGUCAA